ACGAAGAUUAUUAGUUGAAUAAGGCAUCAUAUACAGAGAGUGAAUGAAAAUUAGCAGUAUUAUUGAAAAGAUUCAAGUAUGACGACGAGCAAGAAUAAUAAUUAUGCUAUACUAUUCUUGUUAAUGGUGAGAUGUUCAACAUGGAUGCUGGUAUGCAUGGCCCAUAACGACACGAUUCCGGUGAAAGUUGGUGUCGUUUUGGACCUCGAAACUCUGCAGGCUAAGAUUUGGUUAAGUUGCAUCGAAUUGGCUCUCUCAGAUUUCUAUGCCUCCCAUGCCCACUUCAAGACUAGAUUGGUUCUCAAUAUCAGAGACUCCAACAAAGAUAUCGUCUCUGCAGCCUCCGCAGCUCUCGAUCUUAUAAAAAACGUACAAGUGGAAGCAAUAAUAGGUCCACAACGUUCAACUCAAGCGAAAUUUAUCAUCGAUUUAGGGCAAAAAGCUCAAGUGCCAAUAAUAUCGUUUUCAGCAACAAGCCCUUCUCUCAAAACUCCAAGUCAAAGCUCAUACUUUUUCCAAACAGCCAUAAGUGACUCAUCUCAAGUCACAGCCAUUAGCUCCAUAGUCAAAGCCUUCGGAUGGCGAAAAGUUGUGCCCAUCUACGUUACCAACGAAUAUGGAGAAGGAAUCAUUCCUUAUUUGGUUGAUGCCUUAGAGAAAGUCGAUUGCGGAGUCCCUUAUCGAAGUCCCAUUCCACCCUCGGCCACCGACGAUCAAAUCAAGGCUGAGCUUUACAAACUCAACACAAUGCAAACUAGGGUUUUCGAUGUUCACAUGUCGUACGACCUAGGGUCAAGGUUGUUAAUCAUAGCAAAAAAGAUUGGAAUGUUUGGGCAAGGCUAUGUUUGGAUCAUAACUCAAGGUAUGACCAAUCUCUUAGGCUCCUUAGACUCCUCGAUUAUUAGUUCAAUGGAAGGAGUUUUGGGAAUUAAGAAUUUUGUGCCACAAUCAAAAGAGCUUGACAAGUUUAAAGUUCGGUGGAAAGCCAAGUUCUACAAGGAUAAUAAGAAUAAUCCCACUUUUCUUGAUGCCAAAAUCAAUGUCAUAGGCUUGUGGGCUUAUGAUUCAGCCCAAGCAUUGGCCUUAGCAGUUGAGAAUAUCAGUAGGAGUAGUGCUAUAAAUACAACCAUAUUAAAUAAUGGUGGCUCGACUACUGAUCUUGAUAGUUUUGGGGUAUCACCAAUUGGUCCAAAAUUAUUGGAAACCUUAUCAGGCACAAGAUUUAAAGGCAUAGCUGGAAAUUUCAACUUAGAUAAUGGGCAACUGGAAAUGUCAGCGUUUCAAAUAGUGAAUGGUGGUAGAGGAAGAGAGAUUGGUUUUUGGACACAAAAAAAUGGACUGGUAAGAUUCUUGGAUUCCAACAAUGAAUUAUGUUCGACUUCAAAAUCGAAUCUGGGACCUAUUAUUUGGCCAGGAGAGUCUUUAUUGCCUCCCAGAGGUUGGGAAAUUCCGACAAAUGGUGGGAAGAGGUUGAGGAUUGGAAUUCCAGUCAAAACUAUGUUUACUGAGUUUGUUAAAGUGACACACCAUGAUCCAAGUACUAACAUAUCAGAAGCCACAGGCUUUUCCAUUGAUGUAUUUAAGGCUGCGCUUGAAGUAUUGCCAUAUGCUCUUUCUUAUGAUUUCUUUGCUUAUGCCAAGCCUGAUGAUACAAGCGCUGGCACUUACGAUGAAUUGGUCCGCCAAGUGUAUCUUGAGAACUAUGAUGCUGUGGUGGCAGACACGACAAUUAGAGCGAAGCGAACCCAAUACGUAGAUUUCACAUUGCCGUACACAGAGUCAGGCGUGGCAAUGGUGGUGCCAAUGAAAGAUCACAAGACAAAAAGUGCAUGGAUUUUCUUGAAGCCUUUGACGUGGGAUUUAUGGGUCACCAUUCUUUGUUUCUUCCUCUUCAUUGGUUUUGUCGUUUGGGUUCUAGAGCACCGGAUAAACGAAGAUUUUCGAGGACCACCUUCACAUCAAAUCGGCACAAGCUUUUGGUUCUCCUUUUCAACCAUGGUUUUUGCACAUAAGGAGAGAGUGGUGAGCAACUUGGCUCGGUUCGUGACGAUUAUAUGGGUGUUUGUGGUGUUAGUGUUGACUCAAAGCUAUACGGCUAGUUUAACAUCACUUUUAACAGUGGAACAACUUCAACCAACUAGUACCGAUUUGAUACAACUCUUAAAGAGUGGAAAACCAGUGGGGUGUCAACAAAGUUCUUUUGUGUAUGAGCUAUUAAGACAAACAGGUUUUCCAGCUUGUAAAAUUGUAUCUAUUGAAAACGCCGAACAUGGUGACCAACUCUUGUCCACGGGGAGCGCAAAGGGUGGUAUUGCUGCCUAUGUCGAUGAAACCCCUUAUAUUAGGCUUUUUCUUGCAACAUACUACUGUUCAAAAUAUACCAUGAUUAUCCUCUUAUUCAAAACUGCUGGCUUUGGUUUCGCAUUCGCAAAAGGGUCUCCUCUUGUACAUGAUGUUUCAAGGGCCAUUCUUAAUGUGACAGAGGGAGAGGAAAUGAAGAGACUCGAAAGCAAAUGGUUGGAGAGGAAUUCGAAGGAAAACACUUGUUUAGAAAUCGACCCUAAAAUCUCAUCCAACAGACUUAGCCUCGAUAGCUUUUGGGGUCUAUUUCUAAUAGCCGGCAUUUCUUCAUUAUUUGCACUCACAGUCUUUGCAAUUAUGUUCCUUCAUAAGCACUGGAAAAUCUUGUUGAAUUCCAAUGAUUCAAUUCGGAGGAAAAUGAGAGUCAUUUUCAAAAGCUUUGACCAAAAAGACCUCAGCUCCCACACUUUUCGAAAGAGUAAUAAUAAUAAUACCAACUGUCCUCCAAGUCCAACAAGUACUACUUUUUCAGGCUCAAACUCGCCACUCUCAAUGGCCUCUCCGGAAGUUGUAAGGCCCAGCAGCAAUGAGAAUAUUAUCCAAAUCAAUGAACAAUAGCUUACCAAGUUACUACUAUAGCUAGUCGUGAUCUUAUUGUAUACAUAUAUAUAUAUAUAUUUCUAUGUACAUGCCAAGAAAAAAUAUAAAAAAUAUUUUAGAUUUAAUUAUAUAUUAGUUUAUUUUUUUUAAGUAAUAACUUUGUAAAUGAAUAAUUUAGUCAGUGCUGACUAUAUUCUAAUAGAGAUUUGCAGAACAACGAAUAUAUGA